UCCCUCCUCAGUGGACGCUGAGACCGUGGAUGUGUCGAGAUAACCGUAGAGACUCAGCACGUCGAGGACUGCGAACUGAAGUGGGAAUAAUCGUGAGGAAAUUCAUCCCCGGCUUUUUUUUUUUCUUCUUCGUACCCAUAGACGUUGAUGGAUAACGAGCAUGGGAUUUCUCUCAGUUGAGGGUCGACUUUAACUCGGUGGAGGUACCACCUACCACCGUAGGAAAAAAAAAAUGUUAAGCUUACCUUUGCAUCGGGUUUGAGCAAGCAGUGUUAAAUUAGGUGAAAUGCGGAGCUGCGACCUGAGACGCAAACUGAAGUCAUCACUUGAAAGAUUGCUCUUUAUGCAAUGCGAUCCGGAUUUCCACACAGCCAAGGUGGGGCCUGUUCUGUGUUCCAAGACUGGAGUAACCUGGGUGCUCGCCGAUUACCACAAGACAUCAAUGUUACACCUGUACCAGUUGUUUACCCUGAAGUUGGAACACAAAACGACAUGGUAGCCACUCAAUAUCCUGAGGAGCUAAGAGGGACUUACAGUCGAGUUCCGUUGCAGCAAGGCUAUCAAUCACAGAAACUUUACCACCAACAGGAGUCACACGCAACAAUAACAAGCACUGGAUUUCAGCACCCAAGACCCGGGGACGGUGCAUGUAUUUCUCAAAACAUGCAAAUGAGCAGAAAAGAUAAUGCUGAUUUUUAUUCCUCUGCACGUGUCUCCGCACAACACAGCAGUUAUUUUGGGACACCGGUCUAUGAGAACUCUUUAAGACGUGCUGAUGAUAACAGUGGACAACAAAAAGAAUAUUCCAGGCAACAUUUCAGUUGGCAUUUCCAGAAAAAGUCAAAUUGGAACCAUGAUACUGGACUGCAGCAACCUUUGAGUUGUGCCUUUAAAGACGGUACCAGUUCUGCAGCACUUCAGGUAGACCGACUUGAAGUCACAGCAAAGGCAUUACCUUUACAAGAUCGGUGUUCUUCUGUGACUGUGUGCAAAACAAAGACCUCUAUGCCUCUGCUGGAAGCCUUACUAAAAACAAACUCUUCAGAACUGCCUUGUUCAUCAGAGGAAACAAACUGCAACAUUGAACGCAACACUGCUAUUUUUUUAAAUAAAAGACGCAGCAAAUCUCAGCAAGUCAAAGGUUUACGAACUGUUCUAAACUGUGGACAGGCUAGAACACAAAACCUAGAUCAUUCAAGAGGAACACCUUCCAUCCCCUAUCAGCAGCAGGUCUCCUGCCAUCUCAGUAGUCGGCCAUCCACAGACAAACUCAUGUCAGCUGGAAAAACGCGACCACCUACAGAUGUUGAAAUACAGAACUUUCUUGCACAAAAGCUCCUUUAUUUUAGGUCUAUUUUAACUCAGAAAAACAGAAAUCCUGGACAUUCAAAUAAGGAUUUGGACAGGAACUCCACACUGCAGUCUGACAGCAUCGUGCCAAAGGUUGACAGUGUUGUCAAUCUCCCUACAACCUCUGCCAAAGGUGAUGUGGAGAGGCAAAGUCACAACUGGGGUGCCAAUGUGCAGUGCACAGUUGGACAAGCACGUAAGGAGGACUGUUCAAAGGACAGCACAGUAAAUGCCAAGUUAAUACUCAAGUCUAAAGACGCAGACGAUUGUGCUACAUCAGCAUCAGAGAAACAUUCAACAGAAUAUCCACGAAUAAUGGACGUUGCUGCCACUUGCACAAAGAGUGAAGAUGAGAGUCCAGUAGUUCUCACAGCGGUGCCUGAAAUGAUCUGGGAUGAACUGACUGAGAAGCAGCCGAGUUCACCUGAUGUCUCGGAGGAUCUUCAAACAAAGUCUAGUUCAGUGGCAUCGGAAAACAAAACAUUUGAACCCCUGUCGGUCAUUGAAAAGCAAACAAUUGAAGAUCGCCAACAGUGCGGUGUUACCUGGAAGGAAGUAAAUCCACAUUCCCAGCCAAAUUCAGCAGUUGAUAGGAUUCAGAUUCUUAACAUAGUAUCACUUUUUACAAACCAAAGUGAAGGUGUGAGUGAGGGUGCAGGUUCUGUGCAUUUACAAACUGAUUUAAGCACAGCACUUUCUGAAAACAAAGAACUGGUUGUAAAAAAUCCACAAUAUGAGGACAUUUCAGAUGAUGACCCCUCCCAGCCGGCAACAGAACUCCCAACAACAGAGCGGUUUCUCUCAGCGGGUCCUGAAGACCCACAGUAUGAAUUUAUUAGUGAAGAGGAAAGUCCACAGAUUGAGUCUAUGGCUGUGGAGACCUCUUCACCUACACAAGUAACUGUACUCAACAAUACUGAGUCACCAUUUGAAAAUGAAGACUAUGGACAUUUGCAGGGACCGGCUCAGACGGACACAGUAAUCAUUUCAGUUGAGGAACUGGUUCCAAAGAAGCAGGUUUCACCAGACACAGAAAGACGUGAUAUAGUACAUUGUUCUUCUCCUUUUGUUGAAACCGAUGAAACUGGUGCAUUAUACCCUAAAUAUGACCGUGGUCCUUUCUCUGAAGAUGAGACUGAUGAUGAUGAUGAUGAUGAUGAUGAUGAUGAUGAUGACUGGUUAUUCAUUCCUAUAAGCAUAUCAGACCUCAAAUUUGAAUCUGAUAAUGAAGACCAGGAUAGCCCAGACAUACAUGUGCUAGAUGAUGGGGAAACAGGAGACCAAGAAAGACAAUGUGACACAAGCCCAACACACUGGCCAUCUCCGAAUCGAGUACCAGCUUUUCCUCCUUCCCAGAUCGAGACAUUUGACACUUUGGCCAGCUUUAUGAAACAAGCAUUAGGCAGGAGCACACCAGAACAUGGACUGGACUCUGAGGGAAAACCACAACCAACUAAGAACAGGAGAGAGUCUGUAGACAGCUGUGCAACUGAAGACAGUUGUGAUUACUCCUCUGCAUUAGGACACAACUAUUUGACAGUGUCCAGUUUGAGGUCAGCACCUCUGCUCUCAGAGACAGAUGAUUCGGAGGAUGAAGGCAAUGCUGUUACAGAUAUGGACAUUAUAAUCCUUGAUUCGGAGGAUGAAAGUGACCAAAACUGCAAAAAGAAGGCUGAAACCGAAGGAAGGCCUGAAACUAUGGACAGUCAGCGUGGAACUGUUAAAGAAAAGUUUCAAAAAAAACGACCGCUACCUGUUGACUCAUCAGCAGCCCGGCACCAACCCAUACAUCAGGACACACCGUUUGAAGAAGUGACGCAGGAUGCGCGCUCCGACCCGUCUCCCAGCACAGAAAUGAUCGGGCAGCCGAUUGAAGCCAAAGCUGCCUCUGAAGAAAUUGUUAUAAUCAUUGACUCGGAUACGGACGAUGACGAUGACCAAAACUACAUAACGCCAAGGAGGAACAGCAUUUCAUCCUCUGGGUCGGACAGUGGGGACGCCCCAUGUGUGGAACAAAACCAACCGUCCCCUAAAACUGUGGACAGGGAGUAUAGAACGGCUAAAGAAAGUCUUCUGGAAACCACACGGUCUGUUCCAAACCCAUCACUGCCACAUCCCCAGUCGACACUUCAGGAUACCCAAUUAAAAGAAGUGACGCAGGAUGCAUGCUCUGACCUGUCAGACGGUAGAGAAAAGCGUGGGCAGCUGAUGGAAGCUAAAUGUGACUCUGAGCGUGUUCAACACAAGACCAACCGACAAACGACCUCAAAAAGAAAGGCUUUUUGUGAUUCAGGAAAAGUGGUUGAAAAAAGCCAUUUCAGCAAAAAGAAGGCAAAAACAAAAGGAAUACUCUCAUCAGGAUCGGAAGACGGUGGCGAUUCCUUACGUGCUACCAAAAACAGACCUUCAGCUGAAACUGUGGAUCGUCUUCGUGGGACUGCUAACGGAAAGCAGCCUAAAAAAAGCAAACUGUCAUCUGAAGAUUCUUCAGAGAAGCAGCCCCAAUCAGUGUGCAGGGAGGCAGAGUCUACCCUGGGUGACGGUCCUGUUAUUCCUCGCUUUGUUCUUGUGAAGCCUCCUCAACACGAUCAAUCCUGGAAACUUUUGAAAGAAACGGCAGUCCGCGGGCAGGGUAAAGCUGGAUCUCGGUCUCCAAAGACGUCCACGGCAUCCAGCAAAAAUACUGACUCGUGCGCAAAUAAAAAAGUAAGAUUUGUGCUCACGUCAAAACCUGCAAAUGACCAACGCCAUACAACCGAGAACAUUCAGGCUACCGUAAAACCCAUAAUCUUUUCAAGGCAACAUUCCUUACCUACCUUCAGUAGCUCGUCUUCCACCAGUGACCAUCUUUCUGAAGCCAGACAGAGCUCGUCCUCCUCAAGAGAUUUUACUCGGUCCGUUAGUCUUCCUGCAGCUAAGCAGAGCACAUCUAUUCUCAAACACGUGUCUUCGUCCAGCCUACAGCGGUCUCGCUUCUACAGCAACCCCUCAACUUUAAACCCCCCUGACAGUCCCACCAAAGGGCCAUCAUCUUCUGGAGCCAUGCAAAGUUUAAAAAAAAAACGGGCGAAAGAAAUCUGGGAGCAGAGCUAUAUCCCAACCAGAAAAGACAAAAAAACUAGCCCGGGGAUGAAGGAAGACUUGAGAACCACCACAAAUCAUUUGAAGAGGGCAGCUAGACCAGAUCAUAGACGGAGGCAAAAGUCCCAAAAGUCGUCAACCCCCCUGAUGAAGAAGUCCAAGAUUGAGGCCAUAGGGAUGACCAAGGCCGCGGCCAUAGAGAUGACAAAGGCCGCAGGUCGGGAUCCCCCUGGAGAACAAAGAAACUGUGUGGGUGAUCAUUACAAGUGGUCAGAGAAGCCAACCGUGGCAAAGCCAACAAAAGGUUCCAGCAGGGAGGGAAUAAGGUAUAGACCCCAUCCAAAAACCCAUUGGUGAGAAGAUGAUGCCCGGUUCUGUGAAUCUGUCUCCAGUUUGUUCCCACUCCCAAAGUGAAAGGUGGUUGAUCGGCGAAAAACAAGUUACUGCUUAAAUCUUUUCAUUUUCCAUAGCAUUUUCUGUAUUGCAACGGUUUGUGUGUAUGUGUAUACUGUUUACUAUUAUAUUAUAUCAGCUCUUAGUGGUAAUGGCGUUGUUUUUGAAUGUCUUGUGUCUACGGGAAACAAAUGUUCUUUUUACGAGCUACCUCAAAUUGUAUUAAAAUUCAGCGUUAUGUUAAAUCUUUUUCAUCUUAAAAGUCACAGAUAUUUUGAUCUUUUUUUAAUAUGUCACAUUUUUGGAUAUUGUUUUUUUUUUGUACUUUCAUAAAUGAUAAUGUAUCACUUUUUAAAAUGGUAAUGUGAAAAUGCAUAAAAAAUCAAAUGGAUUCAUUGCUGUUUUGUCUUGUGUGCUCUUGUGCUUCGCCCUUAGAGGGAGACAUUGCAGUAGUGUAUGUGUUAAACCAUACAGUGUAACAUGUCAAAUGUUGGCUCCGUAGUAUUAAGUUUGUGUCAUACAGUUCAGCAGCUGGGUUACUGCUCUGAUGGACGUGGGCCGGGCUCGGACAGAAAAAUGCGGCCCGAUCCGCACUCUAGUACGUACCUCAGUCAAUAUUUGGUAAAUCCAUCACUUUUUCUCUUUCAGUAGUUGACCAUCUUGCAUCACAAAGUUGAAUUAAUUUGUGUGUAAUGGAAUGAAAGUAGAUCCAGCACGUAUCUAUAGGCUGGUAUGACCAAAUCUAUUUUUAUGACUAGAGUUGACAUCUCAGAAGACCUAAGACCAAUGUUCACGUCUAAAAUGUGUACAAAGAGAAUCUUGUUUCAGCCAACAAUAGGCUAUCUAUCCAAUAAAUCGGGUCGUCUGUC